AUGUCAGAGGAAGAUCAAAAAGCAAGAAUUAAAAAUAGUUUUCUUCGAGCUCAUACUCAAGCAGUAAAAGGCUGUGGAAGAAAAUUUUGCCUUAAUCCACAUUGUGCUUCGUUCUCAGAAUAUAAAAGUUUAGACCCAAAUCAAGCUGCUGCCAAAAUAAUAAGUUUAUUGCAAAGCGCUCCUAAUGGUGAUAUAGAAGCUUCUUCUAAAUUUAUAUUAUGCCCAGAAAUAUCCCCUAAAACUUCAAUUGAAAAUGUGAAGGCUGCAAGCUCAGAUGAUAUCAGAAAUUUGUUCCAAGAUCUGAAGAUUUUUGGGCUUAAUUUUGUUUCUAAUGGACUUUUGGCUUCUAAAAGUGCCUCAAUAGACUGGGAUGAAUUAAAUAAUUUUUUUGGUUUUAUAUCAAAUCUCGUUCAGCAAGGAAUUUUAGCUGCUGAUUGGCUUUAUCAAGCAAUUAAACAUUAUCCUCAAGAUUCAUACAGUAAUCUCUAUAUUCCUAGGAUUACUUUGAUGCUGCUCUUUAUGCCAGAGCUCUCGGAAAUCGAAAAUUACAACAUUUUGGUAGAGCUAGCUAAAUUACUAUGCUCUUCUGAAGAAUUCCUAACCCAAUUUUCUUACUAUAUAGAUGAGCUUAAUCAAGAAAAACUCCAAAGUUUAUUAUGAAAUGUCAAACAAUUUUUAUUAAUAAAAAUUUUGGAUGGCUAUAAAGGAAAUAAAAGUCAAAUUUUAUAUGUGAUUAGGCUAACGGAGGCCCUCUACAACUCUAAUGAAAGGGUAAAAAGAGUAAAUUAUAGUGAAUUUUAUAAUGAUGCUGUUAAUAUAGAAGAAAAAAAUGAAGAAAACGAGCAGGAGUUUGAAGAGUGGAAAGAAGAGGAAGGAAAAAUCGACAUUAAGGAAGAGUAUGAAAUAUUUCUUAAUUUGAUUGAGCAAGGAUAUGAUAAAAAUGAUCCUAAUCUAUUUUCAUUUGCGUUUUAUCCGUGGGUUUUAGAUGCAAAUACAAAAUCAACGUUUUUGCAGUAUGAAAAUAAGUAUAAAAUGCUUAGAGAAAUACAUGACCCAAUAAAUCUAUUUCUGAUAGGCAUUUAUUCAAUACUUGAUGUAAGAAGAGAAAAUCUCAUCGAAGACACUCUUAAUCAGCUGCUAAGUGGAGCAAUAAAUCUCCGAAAGCCAAUAAAGGUAAGAUUUUUAGGUGAGGAGGGGAUAGAUGCAGGUGGAGUUAAAAAAGAAUUUUUCCAGCUGAUUGUUAAAAAGCUUUUUGACCCAAGUUUCAGCAUGUUUAACCUUUAUGAGCCUCAAAGAAUUUAUUGGUUUAACCCUGAUACAUUAGAGCAUAAACUUAAUUUUGAGCUGAUUGGGGUCAUCUUAGGUUUAGCGAUAUAUAAUGGCGUUAUCCUUGAUAUUCAAAUGCCAUUAGCUGUUUAUAAAAAAUUAUUAGGAAUUCCGACAACAAUUGAUGAUUUAAAAGAACUUGAUCCAGAACUUGUAAAGCAGUUUGAAUUAAUGCUAAAAACUGAAGAAAACGUUGAAGAGAUUUAUUGCCGCAACUUUACAUUAGAAACCAAAAUGUUCGAUCAAGUAAUUGUGCAUGAACUCAAAGAAAAUGGAUCAAAGAUCACUGUCACCAACGAAAAUCGACAAGAGUUCGUGGAUUUAUAUGUAGACUGAUGGCUUAACAAAGGAAUUUCAGAAAUAUUUGAAGCAUUUAAAUUAGGGUUCUUAAAAGUUUGUGAAGGUGAUGUUAUACAUUGGUUUAAGCCAAAAGAGCUUGAAUUAUUGAUUUGUGGCAAUCCUAUUCUUGAUUUCUACGAGCUUGAAAAAAUCGCGAAAUAUGAAGGUUUUACUAGAAAUUCAAAAACUGUAUAUUUUAUGUAGAUUGCCAUGUUUUGGGAAAUUGUCCACUCUUUCACUGAAGACGAAAAACGAAAAUUUUUAAAAUUCGUAACAGGAUCCGAUAGAGCCCCUAUCAAUGGGCUUGGAACAAUAGAAUUUGUGAUUGCGAAAAACGGAGAAGACUCAGACAGGCUGAUGACGGCACACACAUGUUUUAAUCAUUUACUAUUGCCUGAAUAUACUAAUAAAGAAACAAUGAAAAAGCUAGUCUUACUUGCUAUUGAGAAUUCAGAAGGAUUUGGUCUUAGAUAA